AUGGAUCCAAGAAACGAUUCAUUUCUCGGAUCUGAGUAUAAGCUGUCUUCGUCCGGAGAUAGAGAAGCACCCAGCUCACCGUUGAGCUCUGUCCCCGGAGAUUUCGAUUACCAGCAAGAGUACGUGCCGGUCAACCCUGCCCCUCAGUUCGAGUCUCAGCCCGAAUCUCAGCCCACUCCCAUGUUGACCAACACGGUGGCAGACACGAUUGUCGUUGCUUUGAACGACGCAGAGCCAUACAACGCCCACACUCUUGUUCGUAGAUCCAUACGAAAGCGCAAGGUACCUCUUCGUUUCCAGCAAUCUGUCGACCUUGAAGGUUCACCUGAGCCUGAGCCCGAGCCUAGGCCCAAGCCGUCUGAGCUUCCGGUCAAAAGAAGAAAGAUAUCGCCGCCCAAGGUGUCAAAGCCCAAGGUCUCAUCGCCCGAGACAACUCGCAAGACUCGUGCCCGUGUCAGGCAGGUACAAGAUAUCGUGGAACCACCCAAUGCAGUUCUUCUUUCACCUGAGCCCAGCGAUUUGCAAACCUCAAAUGACGAAUUCGUAGACCUUAUGCCGAUCGCUCAGCAGGUCAAGGAGUCCAGAAUCGUGAAGUUCAGAGUCGAUCCCGAAAGACUUGGUCAUAUUCUUCACGUGACAGCUCCUUCGCAAUCGACCAACACCUCGUCGCCACAGUCUACGCCUCCGACCAGCCCUGAGAGCGAACCGGAGAUCAUGCUCCCACAAACUUCUCCAACCUCUGCGGCUGACGCACAUAAUUUGGCCACACUUUCGGUAGCUCUUACAACAAGAGUGCCAAUCGAUGACAAGCCGCUUCCUCGUGGCCAGCCAGACAUCUGGGCAGAUACUCGUCAUCAUCUCUGCGAGAGUCUCAGUGGACUCUAUGCAUCCUGGCAAGGCUCUUACUAUGGCAAGAACGGCGUUGCCAAAGCCUUCAUGCUCGAUGGUAAUGGCCAUCCAAGAGAUCAUCUGGACGAGAACGUCAUUAUCCUGCGAGCUAGUGGCAGCAUGGCAAAAGACGGCGACAGCGGCAUGAAGCAACGUGAAGACCAAGAACAAAAGCAUCAAUAUCACGCAAUGGUCAACGCCAUCAACCAGCAAAGCCCAAUUGCUGUGAUUUGUGGCGACAAGAACAUCCAGGUGCCCAGCAAGAUGCCGCACAAGUACAAUUCUCUCGACUGGUACAAGGCUACUCAUGUCUGGACUGAGAAGGACAGGUUCAAUGUAAUCAAAUACCGCCUGGAGAAGCUUGAUUCAAGCGUCACUGGAUGGUGGGUGCCUGAAGAUUCAGAACCCGUCGUUGAGCUCGGAGCACUUGGUCCUCCUGUCAAAGAACACUGUGGCUCGUGUCGUAACGAGUAUGGCCAGCUGUAUUUGUGCGGUUGGAUGUGCCUCAACAGCAGAUGCCAGAACUUCUGGCGUUUGUCCGAUGGCAGCACGCCUGACCCUACUCAGUUAUACUAUGACCCUCGUUUCCUGAAGCAGAAGACACCCUGGGCAAACGAGAACGCUCCUCUUAGUUUCCGCUUCCCAUUAUACGCAGCUUCCGCGAUUGCUGGCGAAGACUACAAAAUGGAGAACCUCCGUGGCAUGACCUGCCCUGAUUGUGGCAAAUGCAACGCACGUGUCAAGUGGGAAGGCUGGGAGUGCACAGGGUGUGGUUUCGAACACACGCCCAAGAUCAACCCGCUUCCCGCAGCUGCCAUUCAGGAUCAGAAUUAUCCGGUCAGUGAUUCUUACCCAUCAUCGCAUGACUCUGCUCUCCCUCACGUCAAGAUCUCGGUGGAGUUUUCGCACAACUACCGCUGGAUUACAUACAAGUUCCAGGUCUCAGCAGCCGAAGAAGGUGAAGUUGUCCACGGCAUUGCAAACAAGGUCGUGCGCGACGAGCCUGGAGGCCCCAAUGAGAUGUGGGAACAUCUCCAGGUCGACUGCCACGGAUUGGUGCGCAGAGAGUUGUCAAAUGCUCUCAUGAACUCUUUCACCAUCAACUAUGGCAUGCCUUAUAAAUUCAUCGCUGCAGGUGACAGUCUUCCCUUUACAGCUGCCCCUUGGCCUGUCACAGAAGCCGUCUCUCGUCUGAAUUGGGCUGACAGAAUGACAUCGGGAGACGCCAUCAAAGAUAAGGAAAAGUUCAAUGAACUGUACUUGGUCGCCUAUCUCCAAGACCAAUCAAUGAACUACCACGAUGAUGGAGAGAAGGGGUUGGGCUCUACGGUCGCUACACUGUCCCUUGGUGGUCGAGCCGACAUGGGGUUCAAGCCAAAGUCACCUUUCUAUCAUGGCAUGAAGACCAUCCACUACAACAAAAAGAGGAUGACUGUCAUGACCAUGGAUGACCCACUGCCUGAGUUCCCCAACUACGAACUGCGCAAGCAGUUUAUCGAGGAGAUUCGAAACGCCAAUCUACCUGAAGAUGAGGAAAAGGCAAGACUCGCCGAGAUGGCUACUGCGCUUCGCGCAGCCUACACAGGCAAGAAGAGUCACACCAAAGUCGACGACUACAUCAAGCUGUCCCUCGGCCACGGAGACAUUGUGAUCAUGCGCGGCGCUCAUCUCCAGAAGUGGUUCGAACACGGAGUAAGCCCAAAGGGUCUUAUGCGCUUUGCUCUGACAUGCCGUACUGUGCUGCCUGGCCACUUGAAGAAGUCCGAGCUGCCUGACUACGAUGUCGACCUUGUCCAAGACGAGUACGAUGGAAGCCGAAUCGCCAAGUGA